AUGGCCACUACCAAAACAUUACGAUACGCACAGGUUGCCUGUGCUUGUGUAUGGUGUCUUUUUUCUGCUGGUAUUGUCUUUGGAUUUGCUGCUUUGAAACCUAUUCUAAUUUCAGAGGGUGUAUACCAUGAAUUAUGCGAUCCAAAGGAUGGCGAUGGAUUGCUAUGUACAGCACAAGAUCUGAAAUUGAACUUUAUAUUUGCUCUUAGUGCCACUGUGACGAAUAUCAUGGCCCUUCCUGUUGGUAAGAUUUUGGAUAUGUAUGGACCUCGUGUCAGUGGGAUAAUAGGAUCAGGUCUUCUAUUCUUAGCGUGUGGUAAUUUUAUUUCUGCCAAGCAUCUAGCAUCCAUUUGGGAUCCAUACCUUGUGGGUUAUACGCUUUUGGCCAUUGCAGGCCCAUUCGUGUUCAUUUCAUGUUUUCAAUUGGCCAAUAGUUUCCCACAAAAGUCAGGAACCAUAUUGGCCCUAUUAACAGGAUCAUUUGAUUCGUCGUCUGCAUUAUUUUUGAUUUAUAGGCUCUUAUAUCAAAACUGGUAUCCUAAUUUACACGUCUCCAGAUUUUUUACUCUUUAUUUGAUUGUUCCGUUGUUUAUUCUUGCCUGUCAACUCACUAUCAUGCCGCAUUCCUCCUACAAAACUGUCAAUCACAUUGCUAAGAUUGCUGUAGAAGGUUUAGAUGAAAAUGGAAGACUCAUCGAGGGCGAUACAGGGUCCGGCAUCAUCCCUGAUGAACAGGAACGUCAAUCAUUGAUUGCAAUCGAGAAUGAGGAAGAUACUCUACCUGAUACCUCAACAAGACCGCAGAGGAGGAAAUCUGUACUGGAAACUUACGUCGAAGAUAAGUUACAGAAAAAAUCAGGCGGUAUAUUCGGAGUCUUACAUGGGAAAUCGGCUUCAGAACAAAUAAAGAGCCCAUGGUUUUAUUUAAUGCUUUUAUUCGCUCUUGUUGCCAUGCUGAGAAUAAACUAUUUUAUUGCUACUGUCAGAACACAAGAAGAAUAUCUAUUAAAUGAUGCUGCAUUAGCACUGAAAUUGAACUCCAUUUUCGAUAUGUUACUUCCACUUGGCGGUGUUGUUUCUAUACCGUUCAUUGGGCUGCUCUUGGACCAUACAGAUACCCUCUCUACCCUUACAAUAUUGUUUACAACUUCCAUCGCUAUAGGUAUUUUUGGGUUGAUUCCAAAUUCAUUCACUUGGAAUUUAAUAGGGAUAGUACUUUUGGUAGUGUACAGACCAUUCUAUUACACUGUUGUUUCCGAUUAUUCUUCAAAGGUUUUUGGAUUUGACACAUUUGGUACUGUUUAUGGAUUAUUAUCUUGCAUUUGUGGGAUUUUCAACAUGAGUCAAAACUUAUUGGAUAAAUGGACACAUACCACUUUCGAUAUGAAUCCAUUCCCUAUAAAUCUUAUGCUGGUAAUCCUCACUCUCUUUUUUUCACUAACUUUAACAUUUUACAUACGAUCUCAAAUUUUGCGUAAACCCAAGAAUGGAAGAGCAUUGCCCCCCAACUAUCAAACUAUUUAA